GCCUCGCCCACACCAAACCUGUGGACCGCCGCUGGCUGGCUGCUGGCUCGCUCGACCGUCAUGGAGACCCUGGGGGUCCUUCUGGUGCUGGAGUUUCUGCUCCUCUCCCCGGCGGAGGCCCAGCAGACCACGGAGCGUCGCCUGAAGCCGUGGCUCGUGGGCCUGGCUGCAGUAGUCGGCUUCCUGUUCAUCGUCUAUGUGGUCUUGCUGGCCAACCGCCUCUGGUGCUCCAAGGCCAGGGCUGAGGACGAGGAGACCACGUUAAGAAUGGAGUCCAACCCAUACCAGGACUGGAGUGAAGACAAGAGAGAGAAGAAAGCGGCCAAGGAGAAAGAAGAGAAGAAGAAGGAGAAAAAGGCAGGGAAGGAAGGAGAGAGCAACUUGGGACUGGAGCUGGAGGAAGAAGAGCCCAGAUACCAUGAGAGACCAAAGAACACAGCCAUGUGAAGAUUCCCGGCUACCUCUUCCAGGCAGCCCCCCAGAGAUGCCUCUUCUGCCCCCUACAAGCAAUGCCCUGGAUUUGAAUCCAGUGAAAUGACUCCAUCUGGGAUUCAGAAUACAGUGUUCUCAAGUGAAGAAGGCUUGGAACCCACCCCACCUCCCUCAAUGGGGGCUCUCUGGGCAAACAUGGUUUUCACGCACCCCUCUUCCUGAGCUUGGUCCCUGCCUGGCGAUUCUUCUCAUAAUUGAAGAGCAUCCCUGGUUGAGGAGACACCCACAAUCCUCCACCAUCUCAUGGCGCCACCUGCUUCUACCCACUGCCUGAUUUCUUUUCUUUCUGCCUGAUGUCUACUGGCCAGAACUUCCCCUCUCCCAUGCACCCACUCCCAGCUGAGGAUUACUUCCCGAUGGCCUGCAUUAAAGCAUUCAUGAGAGCCCUUU